AUGUCGGCGGCUAUAAAAAAGGAAACCGGGAUGUUGGAUGUGGGAAAACACUGUGCUUUUUGUAGGCAGCUAGACUUCCUGCCCUUUCAUUGUUCAUUCUGCAACGACGAUUUUUGCUCAAAGCAUAGACUUAAGGAAGACCAUCACUGUAAGUGGUUGCUGGAGCACGAAGAAGCUCUCAAAAUCGGCGAGGGUUCAAACAAGAGCCAAGGUGCCUCAACUUCAAACAAUGAGGCAUAUUUCAAGAGCCUGUUGCCCGAAAGGGCCAGUGUUAGAGUUCAGAUGGCAGAUGAAAAAGGGAAACCUUUGAGAGAUAUCAACACAGCAAAAGUGGGCUCCGCUUUGAAUUCGAAGACAUUGGAUAAGAUAUUUAAGUUUUUCCAUAAGAACGAAAAGAAAAAUAGUAAUGGUAAAUCUAAGAAGAAUUUUAGCUCUUCGUCGAAUAAAAUCAUUCAGCUGGCUAAUCUGAGGAAAAUUGCUAAAGGUGACGCGAAGAUUCCCAUACAGAACAGGAUUUACAUUUGGUGCUACUCGGUGGAUGGCCAGGAAAAGGAUACUGCCAAAGAAGACGCCAAAGUGCCAAUAUACAUAAAUAAAAUCUGGCCUGUAGGGAGAGCCAUGGACUAUUUAUCUAUCCAAUGUAACAUGAAAUCGAGUAUUCUGACUAGUUCAAGUUCCAAUGAUAAGUUUCUACUGUAUAAAUUGAAGGAUGGCAAGACGGUGUCAUUUGAUAAAAUUGAACCUUCUCUGAGAGUCUCUAACGAAAUCAAAGAUCUUGAUGUACUGUAUCUGGUUCACGGGAACGCGGAUGAAAAAUUCAACUAA